AUGAGUAAUAGUAAAUCAGAUAUAGAUUUCAAAGAUAUAGACCUUGAACAAACAGAAUCCCUCCUAUCAUCCAAUGAGUUCAACCCAUCAUCACCAUCCCACGGAGGACAACAUCCAAAACCAGCAUCUCCUAUAUUGAAAAACCCCACCUCUUCUUCAUCAACCGUUUCCCCCAUCGAUACUCAAAAUAUCACCUAUAGUUACACCAUCGAUUUCGAAAAUGAGGUCUUAUUCAUCGAUACUUCCAAUUGGAGAUAUAGUAACUUAUUAAAACUUCAAAUCUUAUCAUGCUACGGAGUAUUCAUCUUAUUUGGAUUAGCUGAUCAAACAUUAGGAACGUUAAUCCCUCUUUUACAAACAUCUUAUAAUAUUGGAGAUACAUCUAUAUCCCUUGUUUUCCUUUGUAUGAUAGCAGGAUAUUUCAUCAUGGCUGUAUUAAAUGAAUUCAGUCAUAAAUUAAUCGGGGUGAAAGGAGUCACGAUCUUAGGAGCUAUCGGAAUGACAUUAGGUUAUUUAAUCAUCCUGACUAAACCUCCUUAUUUAAUCUUCUUAUUAAGUUAUUUAAUCGGGGGUAUAGGGUUUGGAUCAUUGGAUGCCGCUAUAAAUAGUUGGAUGGGGAAUUUAGUGGAUUCAAAUCAAAUCUUGGGGAUAUUACAUGGUUGUUAUGGAAUAGGAUGUAUGAUAUCUCCUCCUUUAAUUACAUAUUUAUUGGAACGAGAAAAUAAUCCCAUGGAAUGGAAUCAAUAUUAUAUAUUAUUAUCUAUCAUUGGAUGUAUUUGUGUGGUGGCCCUUAUAUUCACGUUUAAAUUUGAAACGGCAAAGAAAUUCAAAUAUAUUAAUAUUCAAAAACAUUUACAUAAAAGUCAUGAUAAUGAUGAGAUAGAAGUAGAUGGAGUUAAAUUAACUGAUUUCUCAAUUGAAAUCGAUGAACAUGAUGAAGAUGAUGAUUCAACUUCAUCUCUUGCAUCCCCACCUCCAUCACCAUCUGAUGAGCAUUCCGCUUCUUUGGUUGCUGCUUUGAAAUCGAAAUUAGUUUGGUUAUUCGCUAUUAUUUUAUUCGUCUACGUGGGUGGAGAAGUGGCAUUUGGAUCAUGGAUGAUUACGUUUUUAUUAAGAAUUAAAAAAUUAAGUUAUAAACAAUCAUCAUAUAUCGCUACUACAUUUUGGACAGGAUUAACAUUAGGAAGAAUUGUAUUAGGAUUUAUAACGGCUCAUUAUUUCAAAACUGAAUUAAUGGCAAAUUUCAUCUAUAUAAUAUUUUCCACCGUGGGAUAUUUUAUUUUUUAUUUCAUUUCAUUAAUCCCCACUCCCGAAUCAUCAACCACCAUGAAUACCAAUGUGGCAAUCAUAUUAUUAUAUAUCAUUGCGUUAUUAAUUGGAAUCUUCGUAGGUCCAAUUUUCCCUACCACCAUCAUAUCAGCUUUGAAAGUAUUACCUACUAAAUAUCAUACAUCAGGAAUUGGAUUCAUUUGUGCAUUUGGUGGAGGUGGAGCUGCAGGGAUACCAUUUCUUAUUGGAUUAAUUGCUGAAGCUAGUGAAUUCGGAUUACAAAGUUUACCUCUCAUAGUGGCAAUCUUAUUCACAAUCUUAACUGCAAUAUGGUUUGGAAUAACAUUAAAAUUCAAUAAAACCUAUGGUAAAAAUGUCAUCUAA